UGUUCAUGUCUCUUUGUGGGGAAGCGGCAACCUCCAGUGUGCAGCUGGAUGGGGACAGCAGCUAUUCUUACUUGGAGAAGGUAGUUUCAGUUCAGCUUUCCACUUCUCACUAAGCAGCCCAUCCUAAUUUGGAUAAUCUGGAACAAAAAUAAAUACUUUUUCUAUUUUGAAGUACCAGACAGAUGGCCGAUGCAAGAAAGUGAAGAAGCCUAAGACGGUGGAAGGAAAGACACCGAGAAAAGAGUAAAGAUGGCGGCUUUGGUUACCGGUCUGGCCCGACUGUUUCAGCCAACUAUGAUGCUCCCUGGAGGAAAAUCUGAUGGUCUUGGCCUGGCCCCAUGGUACCUCCUCUUGGGCCUACGCCUGGUGGCUCUCCUCCUAGCCAAUGACCCCUGGUCUUCUGCAAAGGCAGACCUGGUCUGUAACUGGACGAAGACAACAAUGGAGGAACACCUUCAGCCUUUUUGUCAAGCUCUCUGCUUCAACCAACACUUCUCUUCUCCCAUCUCUUCAGUAUGGGGGCUUGGUUUUUUGCUUGGCCUAUUCCCCGUGGGGUUUAUGGGGCUCAUAAGUGUUGUAUCCAAGCACCAGAAAAAAGCUACGAGGGCAGCAGAGGAAAAGCAAGCAAACCCUGAUGAUGUCAAUUAUGCUAUGGCGGCUACAGAAUUGCAUCCCUCUCUCAAAGAAGCCACCUCAGAAAGAAAUGUAGCUGCAUCCGAUGCCAAGAUUUCUACUCUGUCUACCUGGUACUUAGCAGCAUCUGCUUUUCUGGUGAUUUUUGUCCUGGUAAUGGAGUUGAUAUUCCUCUGGGUUGUAAUUGCUCUGCAGAUUCCGUUGGUGUCUGAAACGACCUUCCGGUGUCUUCUGGAGAGACAGGCCUGUCCCCCAAUUCUUGAAUGUGUCAUAUUGGGCCAAGUGGACAAGCAAGUAGCCUUGUGGGGGUUGAUCUUCACAGCCAUCGUCAAUGUGGUUGUUUGCCUGUCCUGCCUCCUCUUACGACUUGUGAAGAUAUUCCGGUGCCACCGGUGAUAUGUGUGAACAGUGACAAAUAAUAAUAAUAAUAAUCCUUCUACUAGCUGCCCCCAAAACUUGCCUUUUCAAGUUCUGUAUUUUCAAGAAUAGUAUUCC